AAUUAAAAUUAUUUUUAAAAAAGAAAGAAGAAUGGAAAAGCAGAGGAAGAAAGGGGGUUGGGUUUCUUGCUUUUUCCCCCAUUCACUGCUCUUUUCUUGCAGCCUCUGCUAAGCAUCUUUUUCUCACUUUUGUGCUCUUUUCUCAGCCCCAUUUCUUGUUGGUGGUGUGUUCUUCUUUUGUUUCCAUCUUUCUUUUGGGGUUCAAGUUCAAGGUUCUCUCAUCUCUUGCUUUGAGUGAUUCCAAAGUUGCUAUUUCUACCCAUUUUUCUUGAGCUGAAAUCAGUUCCUCAUUCCUCCUGAUUCUUCUUGCAUAUUUUUUGCAAUCUUUCUGGCAUUGAUCAUUACAAUAAGAAAGUUAAUCCCUUUUCAUCUGACAAGAUUUUUAUUUCAUUUUUUCCAUUCUUGGGCUUUCUCUUUUUCACUCUUUUUUCUUUUCCUUGGAUUUGCUUUGGGAUUUUACUUCCCUGGCAAAUUCUGUCGUGUUGCUUUCUGGGUUCUGCUGAUCAAGCUUGAAGAUUCUUUCUUGAGUUAUUAUGCUAAAGGAUUAAGUUUUUAAGCAGUGUGGUUACACUGUUUCUUGAUUCUAAUCUUUUGAGAGUUCCAUCUUCGCUGGAAUUCUUUUACCUUCAAAUGGUUUGAAGUUUCUCCAUUGUUCUUGAUCACAAGUUUUAGAUUUUUUUCAACUUUGGUUUUACUUAUUUUCCUAAAUCCUCCCGCUGAGAUUCCAUGGGACUUUGUCAUGGAAAACCCAUUGAACCCCCACAAAAUCUGUCUGAAAAUCCUGUAAUCCCAGGUGAAAACAAUGAGCCUGGACUCAAUUCCUCCACUGGGAAAACCCCUAAAUUCCCAUUUUAUAGCCCAAGUCCACUGCCUAGUGGGUUCAAGAAUUCCCCUGCUAAUUCUAGCAGUGUCCCUUCAACACCCCUCCGUUUCCUUAAACGCCCAUUUCCACCACCAUCACCGGCUAAGCAUAUUAAGGCCUUGCUUGCAAGAAGGCAUGGCUCUGUUAAGCCCAAUGAGGCCACUAUACCUGAAGGGAGUGAGUGUGAGAUUAUUGGAUUAGACAAGAAUUUUGGGUUCUCAAAGAAUUUCACCAGCCAUUAUGAGCUUGGAGAAGAGGUUGGUAGAGGGCACUUUGGUUACACUUGUUCUGCUAAAGGAAAGAAGGGAAGCUUGAAAGGGCAAGAUGUGGCUGUUAAAGUUAUACCAAAAUCAAAGAUGACUACAGCAAUUGCCAUAGAGGACGUGAGAAGAGAAGUGAAGAUACUACGUGCAUUAACCGGACAUAAGAACUUAGUGCAAUUCUAUGAUGCCUAUGAGGAUGAGGACAAGGUCUAUAUAGUCAUGGAGCUAUGCAAAGGAGGAGAACUACUGGAUAGCAUACUUUCUAGAGGUGGAAAAUACCCGGAAGAAGAUGCGAAAAUUGUCAUGGUACAGAUUUUAAGUGUGGUCGCGUAUUGUCAUCUCCAAGGUGUGGUCCACCGAGAUCUAAAACCUGAGAAUUUUCUCUUUGCUUCGAAAGAUGAGAAUUCCACUUUGAAGGCAAUUGACUUUGGACUCUCCGAUUAUGUAAAGCCAGAUGAAAGGCUGAAUGACAUUGUUGGAAGUGCUUAUUAUGUGGCACCUGAAGUUUUGCAUAGAUCAUACGGAACGGAGGCUGAUAUGUGGAGUAUUGGUGUGAUUGCUUAUAUUCUUCUGUGCGGAAGCAGACCAUUCUGGGCGAGGACGGAAUCUGGAAUCUUCAGAGCCGUUCUAAAGGCCGACCCAAGCUUUGAGGAAGCCCCAUGGCCUUCUCUGUCCCCUGAUGCUAUAGAUUUCGUAAAACGGUUAUUGAACAAGGAUUACCGUAAAAGGAUAACAGCAGCUCAGGCUCUUAGUCAUCCAUGGCUGGCAGGACACCACGAUGUGAAGAUCCCUCUAGAUACGAUAACGUAUAAGCUCGUAAAAGCUUACAUAUGUUCGUCUUCUUUGAGAAAGGCAGCUUUAGGGGCUCUUGCAAAAACAUUGACGAUUCCGCAGCUAGCCUAUCUCCGAGAACAGUUCACACUGUUGGGGCCAAAUAAAAGCGGAUUUAUAUCCCUACAAAACUUCAAAACCGCUAUGUCAAAGAACUCCACCGAUGCAAUGAAGGAUUCACGGGUUCUAGACUAUGUCAAUGUGGUGAGUUCUCUUCAGUACAGAAAAUUGGAUUUUGAAGAAUUCUGCGCUGCAGCAAUAAGCGUACAUCAGCUGGAAGGAAUGGAAAGCUGGGAGCAACAUGCACGCCAUGCCUACGAAUUUUUCGAGAAGGAUGGGAACCGACCCAUUAUGAUCGAGGAACUUGCCUCAGAGCUCGGACUUAGUCCAUCAGUUCCUGUCCAUGUAGUUCUGCAAGACUGGAUAAGACACUCAGAUGGGAAGCUCAGCUUCUUGGGCUUUGUAAGACUACUACAUGGAGUGUCCUCCCGCUCAUUUCAGAAGGCGUGACAUCGAGUCGAGCCACUAAUCCAUUCUUUAAAUUAUAGCCAUUGUCGUUGCUACUUAAACGCCUCAGAAGACUUUCAACCAAUCAAGGGGGCACCUACAAGAAUCGACAUGUUAAGUUUUGCACAGAACGUUUGCUGGAUGUUGGAGCUGUAGCCAUCUGCAGCAAAUCCACUUCAGUACGUUUUGUCUCCUUGUAAUUUUCUCCGUUCUUUCCGUAUUUGCUGUUGAUGAGAUGUAGAGGAUUGUACAGAUAAGAAUAGAUCACAAAGAUGUAUUUAGGGGCUAGAGAAACAACUCAAAGCUGAAGGUGGUUUUGUGUCUUUGUUUUAUCCCUUUGUCUACCCUGUGAACUUAGCUUCUCAAUAAAUCAUAUCAUUGUUAAGA